GGGGAAGACUUUAACUAGGGGCGCGCAGAUGUGUGAGACCUUUUAUUGUGAGAGUGGACAGACAUCCCAAAUUUCAGAGCCCCAUAUUCGAACCCCGUGGGAUACCGCGGCCCCCAGCCAGCGCCAGCAUGCAGAACAGUCACAGCGGAGUGAAUCAGCUCGGUGGUGUCUUUGUCAACGGGCGGCCACUGCCGGACUCCACCCGGCAGAAGAUCGUAGAGCUAGCUCACAGCGGGGCCCGGCCGUGCGACAUUUCCCGAAUUCUGCAGACCCAUGCAGAUGCAAAAGUCCAAGUGCUGGACAAUCAAAACGUGUCCAACGGAUGUGUGAGUAAAAUUCUGGGCAGGUAUUACGAGACUGGCUCCAUCAGACCCAGGGCAAUCGGUGGUAGUAAACCGAGAGUAGCGACUCCAGAAGUUGUAAGCAAAAUAGCCCAGUAUAAGCGGGAGUGCCCGUCCAUCUUUGCUUGGGAAAUCCGAGACAGAUUACUGUCCGAGGGGGUCUGUACCAACGAUAACAUACCAAGUGUGUCAUCAAUAAACAGAGUUCUUCGCAACCUGGCUAGCGAAAAGCAACAGAUGGGCGCAGACGGCAUGUAUGAUAAACUAAGGAUGUUGAACGGGCAGACCGGAAGCUGGGGCACCCGCCCGGGUUGGUAUCCGGGAACAUCAGUGCCAGGGCAACCUACGCAAGAUGGCUGCCAGCAGCAGGAAGGAGGGGGAGAGAAUACCAACUCCAUCAGUUCCAAUGGAGAAGAUUCAGAUGAGGCCCAAAUGCGACUUCAGCUGAAGCGGAAGCUGCAAAGAAAUAGAACAUCCUUUACCCAAGAGCAAAUUGAGGCCCUGGAGAAAGAGUUUGAGAGAACCCAUUAUCCAGAUGUGUUUGCCCGAGAAAGACUAGCGGCCAAAAUAGAUCUACCUGAAGCGAGAAUACAGGUAUGGUUUUCUAAUCGAAGGGCCAAAUGGAGAAGAGAAGAAAAGCUGAGGAAUCAGAGAAGACAAGCCAGCAACACACCUAGUCAUAUUCCUAUCAGCAGUAGUUUCAGCACCAGUGUCUACCAACCAAUCCCACAACCCACCACACCUGUUUCCUCCUUCACCUCUGGCUCCAUGUUGGGCCGAACAGACACAGCCCUCACAAACACAUACAGUGCUCUGCCGCCCAUGCCCAGCUUCACCAUGGCGAAUAAUCUGCCUAUGCAACCCCCAGUCCCUAGCCAGACCUCCUCGUACUCCUGCAUGCUGCCCACCAGCCCUUCGGUGAACGGGCGGAGUUAUGAUACCUACACCCCCCCACAUAUGCAGACACACAUGAACAGCCAGCCAAUGGGUACCUCGGGCGCCACUUCCACAGGACUCAUUUCCCCUGGUGUGUCAGUUCCAGUUCAAGUUCCUGGAAGUGAACCUGAUAUGUCUCAAUAUUGGCCAAGAUUACAGUAAAAAAAAAAAAUCAAAAAAACAAAAAGAAUAUAUUGUGUUAAUUCAGUCAGUGACUAUGUGGACACAGCAGUUGGGCGAUCAGGAAGGAAAGAAAAAUGGCUGUUAGAAGCACUUCAGUUCUGCAGUUGUGUCCUGUGUUGUACCACUGGGGAAUGGACUUGAAAACAAGGACCUUUGUAUACAGAAGGCACGAUGUCAGUUGGAACAAAUCUUCAUUUUGGUAUCCAAACUUUUAUUCAUUUUGGUGUAUUAUUUGUAAAUGGGCAUUUGUAUGUUAUAAUGAAAAAAGAACAACGUAGACUGGAUGGAUGUUUGAUCUCUGUUGAUCAUGAAGUUGUUUUAAAAAAAAAAGGAAAUCAUGAUCAACAAGCUUUGCCACGAAUUUAAGAGUUUUAUCAAGAUAUAUGGAAUACUUCUACCCAUCUGUUCAUAGUUUAUGGACUGAUGUUCCACGUUUGUAUCAUUCCUUUGCAUAUAAUUAAACCUGGAACAACAUGCACUAGAUUUAUGUAAGAAAUAUCUGUUGGUUUUCCAAAGGUUGUUAACAGAUGAAGUUUAUGUGCAAAAAAAAGGGUAAGAUAUAAAUUCAAGGAAGAAAAAAGUUGAUAGCUGAAAGGUAGAGUGUGUCUUUGAUAUAAUCCAAUUUGUUUUAUGUCAAAAUGUAAGUAUUUGUCUUCCCUAGAAAUCCUCAGAAUGAUUUCUAUAAUAAAGUUAAUUUCAUUUAUAUUUGACAAGAA